AUGGAGGCGGCGGCGGGCGGCCGCGGCGGCUUCCAGCCGCACCCGGGGCUGCAGAAGACGCUGGAGCAGUUCCACCUGAGCUCCAUGAGCUCGCUGGGCGGCCCGGCCGCCUUCUCGGCGCGCUGGGCGCAGGAGGCCUACAAGAAGGAGAGCUCCAAGGAGGCGGGCGCGGCUGCGGUGCCGGCGCCGGUGCCCGCGGCUGCCGAGCCGCCGCCGGUGCUGCACCUGCCCGCCAUCCAGCCGCCGCCGCCCGUGCUGCCCGGGCCCUUCUUCAUGCCGUCCGACCGCUCCACAGAGCGCUGCGAGACAGUGCUGGAGGGCGAGACCAUCUCGUGCUUCGUGGUGGGCGGCGAGAAGCGCCUCUGUCUGCCGCAGAUCCUCAACUCGGUGCUGCGCGACUUCUCGCUGCAGCAGAUCAACUCGGUGUGCGACGAGCUGCACAUCUACUGCUCGCGCUGCACGGCCGACCAGCUGGAGAUCCUCAAAGUCAUGGGCAUCCUGCCCUUCUCGGCGCCCUCGUGCGGGCUCAUCACCAAGACGGACGCUGAGCGCCUGUGCAACGCGCUGCUGUACGGCGGCGCCUACCCGCCGCCCUGCAAGAAGGAGCUGGCGGCCAGCCUGGCGCUGGGCCUGGAGCUCAGCGAGCGCAGCGUGCGCGUGUACCACGAGUGCUUCGGCAAGUGCAAGGGGCUGCUGGUGCCCGAGCUCUACAACAGCCCGAGUGCCGCCUGCAUCCAGUGCCUCGACUGCCGCCUCAUGUACCCACCGCACAAGUUCGUGGUGCACUCGCACAAGGCCCUGGAGAACCGGACCUGCCACUGGGGCUUCGACUCGGCCAACUGGCGGGCCUACAUCCUGCUCAGCCAGGACUACACGGGCAAGGAGGAGCAGGCGCGCCUCGGCCGCUGUCUGGACGACGUCAAGGAGAAGUUCGACUACGGCAACAAGUAUAAGCGGCGGGUGCCCCGGGUGAGUGUCUCCGAGCCCCCGGCCUCCGUAAGAAAAGCAGACGACGCCCCCUCCCAGCACCCCACACCCUCCGAGAAGGACAAGCAGUCUGGCUGGCUGCGGACUCUGGCCGGCUCCUCCAGCAAGAGCCUGGGCUGCAUCCACCCUCGCCAGCGCCUCUCUGCCUUCCGACCCUGGUCCCCUGCGGUUUCUGCAAGUGACAAAGAGCUCUCCCCACACCUCCCAGCCCUGAUUCGAGACAGCUUUUACUCCUACAAGAGUUUUGAGACGGGCGUGGCCCCCAACGUGGCCCUAGCACCGCCAGCCCAGCACAAGGUGGCGAGCAGCCCGCCCUGCGCCACGGUCGUCUCCCGGGCCCCCGAGCCCGUCACCAGCUGCGUCCAGCCUCGGAAGCGGAAGCUGGCGGUGGACACCCCCGGAGCCCCGGGGACGCCGGCACCCGGGCCUGCCCCCGAAGAGGAGAAGGACUCGGAGGCCGAGGCCGAGGGGAGAGAGGAGCGUGAGUUCGCCUCCUCGCUGUCCUCGCUGUCCUCCCCGUCCUUUACCUCGUCCGGCUCCGCCAAGGACCUGAGCUCCCCGGGCCUGCUCGCCCCGCCUGCGGCGCCCGGCGCCCCCGACGCCGCGGCCCCCGCCGACGCCCCGAGCAGCGGGCUGGAGGCCGAGCUGGAGCACCUGCGGCAGGCCCUGGAGGGCGGCCUGGACACCAAGGAAGCCAAAGAGAAGUUCCUGCACGAGGUGGUGAAGAUGCGUGUGAAGCAGGAGGAGAAGCUGAGCGCCGCGCUGCAGGCCAGGCGCAGCCUCCACCAGGAGCUGGAGUUCCUGCGCGUGGCCAAGAAGGAGAAGCUGCGGGAGGCCACGGAGGCCAAGCGCAGCCUCCGGAAGGAGAUCGAGCGGCUCCGGGCCGAGAAUGAGAAGAAGAUGAAGGAGGCCAACGAGGCGCGGCUCCGCCUGAAGCGCGAGCUGGAGCAGGCGCGGCAGGCGCGCGUGUGCGACAAGGGCUGUGAGGCCGGCCGCCUGCGGGCCAAGUACUCGGCCCAGAUCGAGGACCUGCAGGUGAAGCUGCAGCACGCGGAGGCCGAUCGCGAGCAGCUGCGGGCUGACCUCCUGAGGGAGCGGGAGGCCCGGGAACACCUGGAGAAGGUGGUGAAGGGGCUGCAGGAGCAGCUGUGGCCACGGCCCUGCUCUGAGGCCACGGGCGGCGAGAGCACGGCCGAGCUGGAGCCCUAG